CGGAGAAGUCCGUGCGUUACCUCUGCAUUCUACCAACCAAAAUCCGGCGGAUUGCGAUGCGGUGUCGUUGACAAAACGGUUGGGAGAGCUCUGUACAUAUUCCGCACUGUUCCAUGUUCUUACUUUCUAGAUGUUAGACGAUCAGUCUUCGUCUUCUCACAAUGGCGCCUAUGGUCUCGAUCCGGCCCGGAACGACGACAUUACGUCGCGCUGCGAAAUGUGGCGAUAGCCUUCGCAGAGUCACAACUUGCACAAGCUCCAUACGGAGCAGGAACAUAACGACGGCGGCGACGAGUAAUCCUCCUGGAGACACUGUUAGAGACUACCCUGGCCCAUUCAGACCUCGAGCACCUCCGCCGCCGAUCCAAAAUAUAGAGAAACGCAAAGAGGCGAUACGAAAAGCGAAACCUUUCUCUGAAUUCCUAACGGAUACCUUCAACAGGCAGCAUGAUUAUCUACGGAUCAGUAUAACGGAGCGCUGUAAUUUACGAUGUUUGUACUGUAUGCCAGAAGAGGGUGUACCUCUUUCUCCCCCAGCGCAUUUGCUCACCACACCCGAAAUCUUUUAUCUCUCCUCAUUAUUCGUCUCGCAAGGCGUCACGAAAAUACGUUUAACCGGAGGCGAGCCGACUGUACGCCGCGAUAUCGUUCCCUUGAUGCAAUCGAUUGGUUCACUUCGCCCGAAAGGCCUGAAGGAGCUGGCCAUAACUACAAAUGGAAUUUCUCUGUACCGUAAAUUGGACACCAUGGUUGAGGCCGGAUUGACGGGUAUAAAUCUCAGUUUGGAUACACUGGAUCCCUUCCAGUUCCAGAUAAUGACGAGGAGGAACGGCUUUGAUGCUGUCAUGAAGUGUAUCGACCGUGUCCUAGAGAUGAAAAGGUUGGGUGCCAACCUCAAGCUCAAGGUCAACUGCGUGGUUAUGCGUGGACUCAACGAACGAGAUAUCAUACCAUUUGUCGAACUUGGCCGCGAAAAGGAUAUCGAAGUGCGCUUUAUCGAGUAUAUGCCAUUUGGUGGAAACAAGUGGAGUCCAGGAAAGAUGAUCAGUUUUCAAGAGAUGGUAGACAUUAUCAGAACAAAGUAUCCAGGCUUGAGAUCAGUCGCCGGGCACAAGAACGACACAAGCAAGACAUACCACGUUCCUGGAUUUGUCGGCAGAGUGGGCUUUAUCACAAGUAUGACCAACGACUUUUGUGGAUCUUGCAAUCGUCUGCGCAUCACUAGCGAUGGUAAUCUUAAGGUUUGCCUCCACGGCAACGCAGAAGUCUCCCUGCGCGACCUGCUUCGCAAAGAUAAUGGUGGUGAGCCCAUAGAUCAGGAAGCUUUUGAACGAAUAAAGCAAAUUGAAAUGGAUCGUCGAGACGGGCGUCUCAGCGAUGAAACGAUCCUGGGGUGGGGCGAGCGAGAAAGGGAGCUUCUCAACGUCAUUGGAGCCGCUGUCAAGCGGAAAGCAGAGAAACACGCAGAUAUCGGUGAUCUCGAAAAUAUGGAGAACAGGCCGAUGAUAUUAAUUGGUGGGUGAUCUUGACGUUUUCAUUAUUUGGGAUCUUGAGGGACGGAUGCGAUACCACGGCGGUCAUUACAGCAUUGGUGGCGUUUGAAUCAGAUGGGAUUCAUUGGUCGUAUUGGAUAUAUUGGCGUAUUCAAAAUUGAGUUGAUUACGACUUGUCUACUAGAACAACCCUUACGUGAUGUCCCAUGCUGAUGGUUAUGUAGGGCCACCUACGAAAGCUCAACAUCGAGUUCCACAUCAUGCGUUUGCUCCUACCCCUACGAUAGUGCGACCAUGGUCGGCCAUGAACCCG